AUGUUGCAUAGGAUGUUGGGGGAGGCCGUGAGGAAUGGACAAAUUACUCUGCUACUGGUAGGGAGAGAUCAUGUUGAGUUGUUGCAUCUCCAAUUUGCGGAUGAUACAAUCUUGUUUUGCCCUACGGAGACAGGAACAAUUGUGAACUAUAAGAGGAUGUUGCGUUGUUUUGAGUUGAUGUCUGGGUUGAGCAUCAAUUUUGAUAAGUCGAAUUUGAUCCCGGUUAACUGUGAUCAGGAAUGGGUGGAGCAGGUGUAUGGCCUUCUGGGGUGUAAGCAAGCUGGUCUACCAAUUCAAUACCUUGGAAUUUCGCUAGGAGCUAAUCCGAGACUAGUGAAGACUUGGAAGCCAAUCAUAGAUAAGGCAGAAAAGAAGCUCAGCUUAUGGAAAGCGAAGGUUCUAAACAAAGCAGGCAAGCUAGUUCUCAUCAAAUCGGUGUUGAAUAGCUUACCGAUCUAUUACCUUAGCCUAUACAAGAUGCCAAAAGCAGUCACUGACAAGUUGAUUGCACUCCAAAGGAGAUUUAUGUGGUGUAGGGAGGAUGGUAGCUAUGAGAUGCCUCUAGUAAAGUGGGAAGUGGUUCAGGCUCCAAAGAAGGCUGGAGGCUUGGGGGUCGAAGAUGCAGUGCUUCGAAACACAGCACUGUUGUUUAAGUGGUGGUGGAGGUUUUUAAAGGAGGAUUGCCCGUUGUGGAAGAAGGUGGUCUGCUCCUGUAAUAAUCUGAACCCAAACAUUAUGCUAGCUAGUCAGACCUUACCAGUGAAGGGAGGCCCGUGGAAAGACAUCUGUCAGUUGAAUAUAACAGACCAAUAG